GAGGGAGAGAGACCGUCUGCUCGUUAAUUUCAUCUCCCAGCCAGGCCUAGGGAAAAAGCAAGCACCCAAAAGCAGCUGUUUCCCCUUGUGGCCAUGACGGCUUCUGCGCACAGUGACUCUUUGGUGAUCUUGUUUGGGGCAACAGCUGGUGCAAAUGGGGCUAAACUGGGUUCGGAUGAGAGGGAACUAAUUCUCUUGGUGUGGCAAGUUGCGGAUCCACAGAGCAAGAAGGUAGGGACACUGCACAAAUGUUUGGUCAAGGCCGACAACUUGGAGCUGAGCGACCAGUGUCGAGAAGUGACGGGCUUAACUUCUGACGGUUUGAGCAAAGCUGAGCCCCUGGACCGAGUUCUCCAACAGCUCAGCCAGCUGAUAUCGAGCGAUCUGAAGGCUCUGGGGAAGAACUCCUAUACCUUCUGCACAGAUGGACAGUUACUCAUUCGGCAGGUGCUCCAUCCUGAGGCCUCAAAAAAGAACCUCCUCCUGCCGGACUGCUUUUAUUCGUUUUAUGAUCUACGCAAGGAAUUUCACGAGUGCUAUCCCAGUUCGGCCCCCGUGAAGGACCAGACCAUCCAGUCUAUGGCGGAAUAUAUAGGUUAUGGGAUCGACGAAGCAGAAGAGGAUUUUGGAGUCUGGCAGGUGAAGGCGAUGGAGGCGAUCAUUUUCAGCAUGCUUCCAGAUGCGUGCAUUGCAGAUCACAGGUUUACAACCCCCGAAACUGUGAAAUACAAGUACGAAACCGGGCCCUGUAGUAAAUCGGAAGCCGUGGAUAGUGAAACUGUAAUUCGUGCCCGAGGACUCCCCUGGCAAUCUUCUGAUCAAGACAUCGCUCGGUUUUUCAAAGGCCUCAAUAUUGCCAAAGGCGGUGUGGCCCUGUGUCUGAAUGCCCAAGGAAGGCGAAACGGGGAGGCCCUCGUGCGGUUCGUCAGCUCCGAGCAGAGGGAUCUGGCCCUGGAGCGGCACAAGCACCAUAUGGGGAGCCGCUACAUUGAGGUUUACAAAGCAACUGGAGAAGAGUUUCUGAAGAUUGCUGGAGGCACUUCCAACGAAGUAGCCCAGUUCCUCUCCAAGGAGAAUCAAGUCAUCAUCCGGAUGCGGGGCCUUCCGUUCACAGCCACGCUGGAGGACGUCCUGGGCUUCUUGGGACCGGAGUGUCCCGUCACAGGAGGGAAGGAGGGACUCCUCUUUGUCAAGUAUCCGGACGGACGGCCCACUGGAGAUGCCUUCGUCUUGUUCGCCUGUGAGGAAUACGCACAGAAUGCACUUAAAAAACACAAGGAGAUCUUGGGGAAGCGCUACAUCGAGCUCUUCAGAAGCACGGCAGCAGAAGUCCAGCAGGUUCUCAACAGGUAUCUCUCGACCCCACUCAUCCCGACGCUCCCCACACCCAUCAUUCCCGUCAUGCCUCCUCCGUACACCAUCGCCACGGGCAGCAUGCGGGACUGUGUCCGGCUCAGGGGCUUGCCCUACACCGCCGGCAUCGACGACAUUCUGGAGUUCAUGGGAGAGGCUACCGCGGACAUCAAGCCACACGGAGUCCACAUGGUCCUGAAUCAGCAAGGGCGGCCAUCUGGCGAUGCUUUUAUCCAAAUGAAAUCUUCCGACCGGGCCUUCCUUGUGGCCCAGAAGUGUCACAAGAAGAUGAUGAAGGACCGUUACGUGGAAGUGUUCCAGUGCUCUGGAGAGGAGAUGAACUUUGUUUUAAUGGGUGGAACUUUAAAUCGUAGCGGCUUGUCGCCACCACCUUGCAAGUUACCCUGUCUUUCUCCUCCGGCCUACGCUGCUUUCCAGACAGCGGCAGCUGCCGUGAUUCCAGCCGAAGCAGCAAUCUACCAGUCGCAAGCACUCCUGCCUCCGACUCGAACCCAGCAGGCUUCCGUGGUCGCUGCUGCAGCCGCCGCUGCCAAUCCUGCUGUUACUUAUUACCCAGCUCAGGCCGCACAGUUGUACAUGAACUACACCACCUAUUAUCCCAGCCCUCCUGUGUCGCCCACCACGGUGGGGUACAUCGCGGCUCCCCAAGCGGCGGUGGCAGCUGCAGCCUCCGCCUCGCACACUCCGAUGCUUCCCCAGCACGCUGCUCUGGUUCGGAUGCAGGGAUUGCCCUAUAAUGCCGGAAUGAAGGAAAUCCUCAGCUUUUUCCAGGGAUAUCAGCUUCACGCAGACGCCGUCCUCCCGCUUUACAACUUCAGCGGCCAGCCGAGCGGCGAAGCCCUGGUCACUUUUCCCAGCCUGGACUCCGCCAAGAAGGCCGUGGCCGAGAGAAGCGGGUGCCUCCUCGGAAGCCACUGCGUGCAGCUGUGCCUUAUCUAGCAGCCCUGAGAACAAGCCCCUCCAAACUAGCGCCUGCCGAGAACCGCUGUGCCUGCCCUCUGCCCGGCGCCUUCCUGGGCGGCUGCGGGAGGGCCGUGACGUUGCCUCCAAGCGGCUUCACGGGGCGAUGGGAGGACGCCCCUGCACACCCCGUGCUUGAGUCUCACAAGCGUCGCCAUGGCAACCACACCCCAUUACUUUGGAAUAAUCUACAGCGCUGCUGCAGCUGUAGCCACUGGCUUAAUGUUCUUUAAAACGCUUUACAUAACUAUUUUGAGAGAAAAAUCUGAAUUUCAUUUUGAACCCGAGCUUGCCA